AAAGGUUAAGAGAUAAAUAGGUUGAAAGAGAAAGAGGAGAGAGAGAGGGUGGCUUUACUCUCUUCUUCCUCUGCAAAUCUGACAGAGAAGAAAGAAAAAAAACCUUCUUUGAUUAGGGUUUUACUUCACGGGGAGUUAACUUUUUUUUUUUGUCUGAAAAUCUGGGGGGCUUUUAGGUGAGUGUUUGCGUAUCUCUGUUUCUCUCGAUGUUGAUGAUGUUACUGAAAUCGGAAGAAUUUUUAUCGAACUCUUCUUCCUCCACUUAACUUGGAGUUUUUGUUGCUGUUUUCACUCUGUUUUCUGGAUCUUGAAAUUGAGAUCUUUAAGCUCUUUUCAUGGUCUAAGUGACCUAAAUCUACGAAGAUGUCUUGGGUUCGAUUCGCAAUUGAGCAAAAAGACGGUAGCUUUGCUUACCCACCACCGUUAUACAAAGACCCAAUUCUUUCUCCGCCGUCUCCGCCACCGUCCGGUAACAGAAUCAGCCCGGCGGUUCUAUUUGUAAUUGUGAUUCUAGCUGUGUUGUUCUUCAUCUCUGGGCUUCUUCAUUUGCUCGUUAGGUUUCUCGUCAAGCAUCCUUCUUCUGCUGCUGCUGGUGCUUCUUCUUCAAGGUCUAAUAGAUACCCAGAGAUCUCAACUAGUGAUGCUCUUCAAAGACAGCUUCAACAGCUGUUUCAUCUGAACGAUUCUGGUCUCGAUCAAGCUUUCAUCGACGCUUUGCCUGUUUUCCACUACAAAGAGAUGGUAGGUGCUUCUAAAGAGCCGUUCGAUUGCGCGGUUUGUCUCUGUGAGUUCACUGAGAAAGAUAAGCUGAGAUUGUUGCCAACGUGUAGCCAUGCUUUUCAUUUGAACUGUAUAGAUACUUGGCUCCAGUCAAAUUCGACUUGCCCUCUUUGUCGAAGCACUCUCUUCUCCCCUGGUUUCUCCAUGGAGAAUCCCAUGUUUGAUUUCGACGACGCAAGAGAAGAUGAAGAGUGUGUAGCCGAGAAUGGAAGCCAGAAAACUAUGGAGAUCCAAGAAAUCGUUGUGGAGAAGGGAGUUUUACCUGUGAGAUUAGGGAAAUUCAAGAGGCUUGACAAUGUUGGUCAAGAUCAUGAUGAUGUUUCUGUUGCUGGAGGAGAGACUAGUAGUAGUAAUUUGGAUGCAAGGAGAUGUUUCUCAAUGGGUUCGUAUCAGUAUAUACUUGGUAACUCGGAGCUUAAAGUCCCGUUUUGUAACGAUAGGCCACCACGAGGUUUGAAACCUCAGGACAAAGAAUCUGAGCAGAGAGGGAACUCUUCAUCUUCAGAAGAGAAGAAGAUCAAUAGUGUGGCUAAAGGAGAGAGCUUUUCGGUUUCUAAGAUCUGGUUAUGGCCAAAGAAAGAUAAAUUCUCUUCAGAUGCUCAAAGGAGGUUGCCUUCUUCAUCGCUUAACGUCGAUGAUCUUCCUAAACUUCCAUGGAUGGAAGAUCAUAAGAAGCUGGAAAACGACCAAAGGUAGUAAUCUUGUACUCGUUUAAUGAAUUAAAAUGAAUCAAUAUUUAGGGUUUACUGAUUAUAUUUUGGGGAUCAUCUGUUGUACCAUAUUGUUAAAAGGUUUAUCAAAACUCCGAUUGCGUUUUGGUUGUUAAUCAAUCUGAGAUCAAAAUUAAUUA